AUGGAGCGCACUUUCAACAGCACGGUGUAUGCAAUCGCGUAUGGCGGGCCCAACGCACCAGCAUGCGACCACUUCAGCGCCGAAGUAGUGACUGGUCAGACAUCUAUCCCGGGCCAGUGUGUUAGCGUGGCCGAUAGCUACUCAAUGUGGGUGACCAGGUUGGCUCACAAUUGUGUGCCAUAUGCCUACGCACAGGAGAACUGCAACGGUACCUCCCGAAAGCUCGGCGGCAUCAGCCCUCCAGACUGCGUGGUGGCGGCCGCCGCCGGAGACCUGGCUGGCAAAUCCGGGGAAUCUUUCAGAAGCUUCCAAAUCUUAUGUACAUGA